AUGGGCAAGGACUACGACGAUUUCCAGUCGCUCGAGCCGGACGAUGGGACCUGUGCCCCGAGCGGGAGAGGUAGGGGGUGGGGCCUGGGAGAGCGUUCCGCCCGGCACUGGGGCUGGCAGCGUCUCUGCGCCUCCCCCCGGCCGCUCCAAGCCCUGCUGGCGCUGUGCGUCGGGCUCAGCAUCGGCACCAUCGCGCUGGCCGUCAGCAACUCCAGGCUGGGCGCGGAGCAGCGGGGAACGCAGGGGGCGCUGGGCAGCGUGAACCAGAGCCUGAGCGCUGAGCUCGAGGGGCUGGCCCGGAGCGUGCACAUCUUGCAGGACAAGCUGACCCAUGUGGCCGGAUCCCUGGAUAAAGCAAAGGAAAAUUCAAUCCAAGCUCAGCAGCAGCUGGAGGAGCAGGUCGGGGUGCUGCGGGACUCUCUGAACUCGCUCAACUGUGACUGGAUCGAACUGAAAUCCAACGGGAGCCGGGCCGGGUGCUGCCCCAGGGGCUGGCUGCGCUUCGGGGACAGCUGUUACUGGUUCUCCGGCAAGCAGAAGACCUGGGAGGAAUCGAACCUGUAUUGCAAAGCCCAGAACUCCCACCUGGUCGUCAUCAACACACGGGACGAGCAGCUGUAUAUGCAGCAGCAGACGGUCCCUUUGUACACCUGGAUCGGUUUGUCCAAUAAGAGCGGCCGGUGGCAGUGGGUCGACGGUUCCGUCUACACCAUGGACUCCCGGGAGUGGAGGGCAGGCCAGCCCGACGAAUCGGACGGCCACGGCCUCGGGGGCGGGGAGGACUGCGUCUACCUGCACGACGACGGGCUCUGGAACAACGCGCACUGCUCCCGCCGCUACCGCUGGGUGUGCGAGGAGGAACUCAAGGGUUAA